CGCGCGGCGGCGGCGGCGGCGGGGAAGGAGGCGGGGGGCGGCGGCUGCGGCGGCGGAGGGGCCGAGAGCUGGCGGCGGCGGCGGCGGUGGUCGUGAAGGGCAUCGGUGGCGGUGACGACGGAGAUGAUCUGAAGAUGGAAAGAGCGAGGCGAAGGGGAGGCGGCGGCGGCGGCCGUGGCCGCGGAGGCAAGAAUGUAGGGGGCUCUGGCCUAAGCAAGAGUAGACUCUAUCCCCAGGCCCAGCACUCUCACUACCCCCACUACUCCACGUCAGCCACCCCUAAUCAGGCCGGGGGCGCAUCCGAAAUCCAGGAGCUGGCCUCCAAACGAGUGGACAUCCAGAAAAAGAGGUUCUACCUAGACGUGAAGCAAAGCUCCCGGGGCCGCUUCCUAAAGAUAGCUGAAGUCUGGAUAGGGAGAGGUCGGCAGGACAAUAUCAGAAAGAGUAAACUGACCCUCUCCCUGUCGGUGGCAGCAGAGCUGAAGGACUGUCUAGGCGACUUCAUCGAGCACUAUGCCCACCUGGGCCUGAAAGGCCACAGGCAAGAGCAUGGCCAGAGCAAAGAGCAAGUCUCCAGGAGGAGGCAGAAGCACCCUGCACCCUCCCCGCCAGUGUCCGUGGGCUCGGAAGAGCAUCCUCACAGCGUCCUCAAAACGGACUAUAUAGAGAGGGACAAUAGGAAAUACUACCUAGACCUAAAGGAGAACCAACGAGGUCGCUUCCUAAGGAUUAGACAGACCAUGAUGCGGGGCACUGGCAUGAUAGGUUAUUUUGGCCACAGUUUGGGCCAGGAACAGACUAUUGUCCUCCCAGCACAAGGAAUGAUUGAAUUUCGAGAUGCCUUGGUCCAGUUGAUCGAAGACUACGGCGAAGGAGACAUAGAAGAACGAAGGUGCGGAGACGACGACCCUCUUGAGCUCCCAGAGGGGACCUCUUUCAGAGUGGACAAUAAAAGGUUCUACUUUGAUGUGGGCUCUAAUAAAUAUGGAAUUUUCCUGAAGGUAAGUGAGGUGAGGCCGCCUUACCGUAAUACUAUUACUGUUCCGUUCAAAGCUUGGACAAGGUUUGGGGAGAAUUUUAUCAAGUAUGAAGAAGAGAUGAGGAAAAUUUGCAACAGCCAUAAAGAAAAGAGAAUGGAUGGCAGAAGGGCCAGUGGUGAAGAACAAGAAUGCCUCGACUAGCAUGAAAUUGAACUCCAUCAGGCAAAAUUUAGGAAUCAUUAAUUGGCUAAAAGUACUGAUCCAUAAUCAUUUGAAGAAGUUUUCCUCCUUUGGGCCCUAUGUUAUUAGUAAUACCUCUCAUAGUUUAUACUUCAAGAAGUCUGAUUCUCAUGUUAUGUUAUACAUAGAUCACUAUAAUUCUCAGGGGAAUUCCAACCUCCCCAGAGCCAAAUAGUUUAGCUGCUUCAACUGCUCCAGACUAUUGAAGUAUGCAGAUCAGCACAAAAGGUGACAUUCUGACCUUUAAACACCAUAACUAAGAUUUACAUUGCACUAUGACAUAAUCCUGAAAAUGACGCAUAUACUUAAUAUGAAAGUGUGGAUUACUAUUUAACAAAUCCCACCCCCAAAGAAAAUCCCAUUUAUACUUUGUUAAAAGUUGCUAGGUUUACCUGUAGGGCAGUUACCACAGAAACAGAAAUUGACCUCAAGUUUAAAGUUGUUUAUUGGGUACCAAUAUUAACUAGUACCACUAAAAGAUUAAAUCUUGCUAGAUAAUUAAACCUUUAAAAAUACGAUAUCAUAUUCCUUAACAGUUACUAUAUAUAGUAUUCUAUAAUUUCAAAUUUUGUGGUAACCCUACAGUUUGAGUUGCCAUAUCAAAGCCAUGGAAGAGUUUUAAUUCAUUAUUCUAAACUAGUUACAAUCUAAUCUCCUGUUUCCGGUACUAUAUAUUUUAUUGACUUUCCAAAGCUUUGGAAAUCAUGUCACUGUUGAGGGUGGCUUCACCCAGUGGCUUUGCUAUGGAAAUUUUGAUGUUUUAGCCUUUUGUGAUAAUUUGCAAUCGCUUUUCCUUAAAAUCUGUUAUGGACUAUCAAAAUGUUGUAUUUUCUGCUUCCCCAUUCAUGUAUUUCAUAGGCUUUGUACACCAGUUGACUGGUGUAAAAAAAGAUCUGCUGAUAUAUUUUAGUAGCACUUUUGCAUUUGCCGCCCCUAAAACCAGGUCAACUUCCAAUAUAAACCUGAUUUUUACAGAUACUUUUAACUCCAGAAGAAAAAACUUUUUUUUUUUUUUUGCUAGGAAAAAAAGCAUUUAGAAUACAAAAUUGCAGUCUGGGGAAUACAAUAUUUGGAAAUAAGAUUGGUUAUAAACAUUUAAAAGGAAAAUUCAGGCAUUUUCCAAGGUGCUCCUUAAGAUCCUUAAAGAGGUUUACACUAUACAAGAUGUAUCCAUUUGCCUGUAUUAAAAAUCACUUUCCAGAAAGUGCCACCUGAAUUUUUAAACACUCAAGCAAUUUUUAAACAAGUGGGUAUAGUAUAUAUACUUACCAACACCCCUUAUUAACCGACUGAAAUUUCAUCUUUUGGGCUACAUUUUAUUCUAAAUCAAACUGUUUUGUAAUGGGAUCAGCUGCUUCCCCACAGUCCAUAUCAUCAUGGUUGAGAGACAGAUGCUGAUUUCAGCUCCCCAAAUACGUUCUCCUUGGUGAGAGCUGGCUACAUUGAGGUCUGGUUGAGGUCAGAAUGUGGCUCUUCUCUGAUAUGCUGUAAGUAAUUCAGAAUUUCCUUUAACAAGUCUCCCUCCAGAACUUUUCUGCAAAAACGUUAAACUAAGGUCUCUAAGGAAACUAUGAAAUGAAUUAAGAAAAUUAAUUUCACUGGUUUAUGUUAAGAACUAGCAACUGGUAACCCAGACAUGCAUACUGGUGUUGGUUGCAGAUUCUUUCUCACGUUUCUUGAAGUACUAUGAUGGAAUCUCACUCGGUUCAUUCUCAUUGUGAACCACCGGGGUCACUACGGAACAGCUGAAAGUUAAAGAUAAUCUCAGCAGUAGAGUUAAUAGCACGUGGUGGGUAUUGAGACUCUAAAAGUAGCAAGGAUUCUUAAACAGUCGUAACUGUAAAAUAACAUAACUGUAGGCUUGAUAAAAAGUAGUUUGGGGUAUAGGAAGGAGUGGUGUGCAGUUGAAUUACUGUCCUACUGAUUGUUAUUGCUGCCCAUCAGAGUGCCUAUUAAUAAUAACCAACCUGUCAGAUUUCGGCAAACUGGAGCUGUGACUAUCCCAUUACUCAGCUGUCCCUGUCACUGUUGCUGGGAGGGUAUGCUCUCUCUCAAAAUCUCACCUUCCUUUUAAAAGUAUUCAUAUCCAUUGAGACUAACUGAUUCCUUUUUGGUUUUUAGUCUGAUCAGGUUUAAGUGUGUAUAUACAUAUGUGCAUAUAUACACACAAUACUGUGUCAGACAUAAAUAUAAAUAUAUUUAAUUCACUGUAUAUACAUAUUAUUAGCUUCAUUUCACGUUAAUUAUUUAAGUAAAAGACUACUUAAAUAGCCAGUUUUUCUACUUUGUAUAUAUACUUCAAAGUUUUUGCCAUCUCAAAGCUACAGAUUGGGUAGACACACACACACACAUAUAUAUAUACAUACGUAUAUAAAAUGCAUAUAUGUACAUAUAUGUGUGUACUGGCAAUUGAAUACACUCUAGAAUCACUUAAGACUUUUACCAAUCCUUUGUUUACCUUUUCAUAGUUAAUAUAUUCAUUGAAAAAUGCUAUGAUGCUAUGAUUUUUUUUUUGAUACUUAAAAUUCCCAAGAGUUCAUUAGCCAUAAUUAAGUGAGAUCCAGUUCAAACAUCUGGAUUUAGGAUGUGUAAAAUAAGCUACUAUUUUUAUCUGUGCAAUAUAAAUUUUAUUUAUUGUCAUUUGUAACAUAAAUGGAGCUGCAAGUGUACAUGGUGUUCUUCAAAAUAACAGGAUCCUUGCCUUGAAGGCGUUAAACUCUUAAGGAAACUGGAUGUUAGAAGUAAAAAAAAUGAACAUUGAAGUUAGUAACCAAAAUUACUAGUUCACUGUAUAAUGCUAAAACAUUGAUGAUGUUUGCACAUAGUUAUUGAGCGUAAUGUGGACAGACUCAAACUGUAAUAAUAUAAGCUAAUAGUAUAAAUCUGGAAACGGGUUCCUCAGUAGUUGGCAGUGUGCUCCUAGCGAUUGAAAGCAGCACUAAUGCGCUGUUUAUAUGCAAAAGAUGCAAUGUAUUAUAAAGAUAUUCAAGUUCUGCCACAUUUUCUUAUUUUUCUUCUUAAAGCCCCAAACUGCCAUGUCCCUUAAACUUGAGUCAAACACAAGCUUAUUUGCACUAAAGAGCAUGGCCAAAAAAAUAAAUAAAUAAAUAAAUGACAGGGUGGAAAAGCUGUUUAGAACCUCUUGAAACAAUUGGUUCUAAUGGGAGAAUUUCACAUUUGUCUAUUUGAAAGCUAUAUGGUCCAGGCAGACAAUCUGUCAGUUCACUAAUUUAAUAAUGCACUUUACCUUUUGUAUAUAGAAGAUGUACAUUUAUGCCACUUGACCGGCAGGACGUGUUUCAGUAACUGUGUAUUAGAAUCUGUAGGGUGAUCUCUUGCAUGCACAUGUUUGUGUUAGAACUAUUGUAACAGGUUUCCAUGAAGGCAGCGUAAUGGAGAAGGACAGAAGAUGGUUUUAAAACAAAUCUCAAUUCAUUUAACAAGGAAUUGUAAAGUAGAUUUCCUGUCUGUAUUAAGGACUAGAAUAUAUGAAACUAUUUCUAAUCCAGAUUAGUAUUGCAGUUCAGACCAUAUCUACCAUAAUACUCCAAAAAUUAAAUUGGGGAAUCUAGCCAGAUAACUUUUUUAAUGAUUCUGUUUCAUUGUUAAUAUGUGUUUGAGUUACUAAUUAAAAGAAAAAAAAAAAAAGGCAGUACUUGCUACAGCUCUAGAAUUAAAGUAUGGUUAGCUUAUGUUUCAAAAAUCACCCAGACUAAAGAAAUAAAGUUUCAGGUAGGAAUAUAAAGAGCUUAAUAAGCUGCUAAAAUAAAUAGGAUGUUGCAAAAUCUGCAGAAGUAUUAACCUUUACCAACUCAAAAGGGACUCUGGGAGAUUUGGUGUAACCUUCCACCCUGAAUCCAUUUGAAGCUGUAUAUUUGAAAACUAGAUAAUUGUUGCUUAAUAAUAGGUUGUAUGUACUUUACUGAGAAACACUGUGUACUAACAAUUCAUCAAGAGUGUGCUAUAUUUAUUGCAUUCAUUUUAUAUCCAUAGAUAAGAAAUAUAUAUAGUCAUCCUAUCUUAAUCUAAUCAUGUAUUUAUAUUGUAAUUUUGCAAAUAUUUUCAGUAAAAUAAACAUUUAUCUGAGCUGCACAAUUUUGAAGAGGAUGAAAUUGGAAUAUACUCUCAGAUACUCAUUUUUAAUCAGCAGCUACCAUUGAAAACUGAUGUAUUUAUUGUCACUCCUUGAAAUUGUUUUACAGUUUACUUAAUAUCUAAAUGAAUGAGGCUUAAUUUGAAUUUUAAUUGAUUGUCUGAAAAUAAGGUUGUUUGGGUUUUUUUGUUGGUGGUGGUUUUUGGGGGGGUUGGUUUUGUUUUCUUUUUUCUUUUUUCUUGCUUCCUUCCAAAUGACUUUCACUGAAACCAUGAAAUCCUCUUCCAAACUUUAGGUAAGGGCUUUGGUGAGUUACCACCUAGCCUGAAGUAUGUCUUUACCAAACACCAAACAUCUUUGGCAGGAUGUUUUAUCAAAAGAAGUUAACAUUGAAUCUGUGCCUCCAGAAUACUACCGAUAUAAGAUUUGUCAUUGCCAGAUAAGAUUUAUUAAAAUAUUUCUGAAUUUUCCUCAAGGAUUUCUUGACUUCCAUAGAGAAGUCAAUGGCCAGCUCAGCAGAGGAAAAGAAUAAGGCUAUAAAAUCUACAGUACUUUAGCACUGAAGUACCAGAAAAAUGUGCUUCCCAAUUCAAUAUUAUAUGAAAAUUGGAUUUUUAGAUCAUAGUAAGUCUACCAUAAAAAAAAUAUGGUCAAAUAUACAUGGGUAGGUUUUAGGGGAAAUUUUUACUAGCUUUCUUAUAUAAUGGAAAAAAAUCACUCUUGGUUCUUAAUCUGAUAUGACAUUUUCAGUCAUUUAAAUUUAUUUUAGUAGUAAAUUUUUAACAUUUUUGAAUAGGAAAAUGAUACCAGAUUUAUGGGACUGAGGAUUUAGUUCAGUUGGUGAAAUGUUUGCCAAGAAUGCACAAAGCCCUGGAUUUGAUUCCCACACCACAUAAACAAGGCAUGGGUAGCACAUGCCUUUGUAAAACCAACACUGGGGGAGGCAAAGGCAGGAGGAACAAAAGUGAAAGGUCAUCCUCAGCGACAUUGAGGGCAGCCUGAGCUACAUGAAACCCUGCCUCCAAAAUAAUAAUACGAUGCUCCAGUAGGCAAUGAAAAGUAGCAACCAGUGUUAUCAGUUUCUUGUAUUGUCCUUUUAGAGUCAUUCUCAUGGGCCAACAUUUAUGUUCGUAUAUUCUUUUAAAUGCAUAGACAUAUGCACCUUUCCAUACCUAACAGCAUCAACUGUAGGUCUGGCACUUACGGGUUUUCUUUUUACUAACUAUCAUAUUUUAUCUGGUUAGCCUAUCAUUUAGUAUAUCAUACAGGGAAAAUAUCAAGAGAAUAGUAAGAGUCCCAUUGGUAUUGACUUAGAUUACAGAUAACUGUAUUUAUCUUUAAGUGUACAAAUAUACAGUUUCUCAUCCUAGUUUCCUUCACCCUUAACCACCUCACCUUCCAUAUCACCCUAUUUUUCCCUCUCAAAAAAAAAAAAAAUACUGGUAUUUUUCUCCUGCAGUAACACAUUAGUUCAGGGGAUCUGGAUAUUAAGUAAUAUAGCCAAGUGGUAUGUGAGGUUAACUAUGUUCUCUGAUGAAAAGCUCUGAUAUUUAAAAGCUUUAACAAAUUAUAGCUUUCAAUUUUUACUAACUGUGCUACUACUUUUUUCAUCCAAAGACCUUGCUAUUAUGAGUACAUAAACAUUAGAACUGUGGUGAAAGAUUUUAUGUUACGGCUUUGUUGAAAUUGCUUGAUUUAUUAACAUGAAACAUUUUAUCAGUAUAAUAAGAAAGGUAUAAACUUUAUUUAACAGCUUUUCAAUUUCAUGUCUACACAAAGAAACAGCACUGUUCCUAAUCAUUUAAAGCACUGUUUGGUUUGGUUUGGUUUGGUUUGGUUUUUUAUUUUGUUUUGGGGUAUGAGGUGUGUGUGUGUGUGUGUGUGUGUGUGUGUGUGUGUGUGUGUGUGAUAGGACAGAACCCUGAAAAAGUUGGGCGCUUUUUUUUUUUUAACCUUGUUUUUUAGUGAACCAGAGUUUGUCAAAAAUCCUGGAACUAUGAUUUGGGGAAAGAGUAUAAUGUAGGAGGCUAAGGGACUAUGUACAACUAUGUCAUUGCAAAUAUGUCAAAUAGCAAAUAUGACUGUUGAAAAGUAAGUUUAGACAAGAGAAAAUAAAAGAUGGCAAUUAUUACGAAUCCUGAAAAUAUAAACAAAACUACUUUAAUAGUUUUCCAGUGAUCCUUGGGAGGGGACUGUGACCCUGUAACUCGUAGUCACGAGGUAUGCAUUUUAAGGCCUCUUUUCUGUUAACUACCAAGGGGAAGGGGAGACAACUGAAACAUUAAAUAUUCUGCUCUUGAACCCUUCAGUUUUACAAAUGAAAGCAAUCAGGGUAAAAAAAAAAUCCAACAGAAUUGGAAAUAUAUCUUAAACGUGGAUGGAGGGAUUUUUCUUUUAAUACAUUGGUAUCUUUAAGCCUUCAGAGAACAAAAUAGGAAAACUAAAGGCACUGGUUUAAACUUUAUGGUAAUUUCUGUAUGACUGGUGACAUACUUUGCUGUUCAAAAAUGAGAGGUGUCAUCAGAAGACAUCCUUUCACACACUUUAAAAUCAUGAGAGGAUUAUAAUAUAUUUAGUGAGUAACCCACCAUCUUGUAUUGGAGCUGCAAAACUAGCCAACCUCUGCAUGUAUUGUUUAAACUCAAAAAGUGUGUUUAUUUCAUUACUCAUAAAGAAUGGACAAAGAGAAUACAAAUUCACCUUCAAAAAUUGAUUGUAUUUAAAUUUAGAACAAAAAUAAUUUCCAGUUCAUAAUCAGAGUUCCUUUGUUGGUUUGAUUUUGUCUUUGCAUUUCCUUGUGAAGAUUGUUUUUGUUAAAUACAGUGACACCACCAACACACUCACUCAUAGUACUCAGUGUGGCUGCCUGGAACGCCCUUCCUUAUGUGAGCCUGACCAUACAGCUUGUUUAAAAUGAAACAGUGUCUCUGUUAAGAUUUCUGACACUAGAUAGCAAUUGUGUAUUUUCUUCUUUCAUUCAUACUUAGUUUUGACAAUUGCUCUAUUAAGUUUCAGAGUUUUUAGAAAUAAGAUCUAAAAAAGAAAGAACUGACCCUGAAAUUUUCUUACAGUAUUUAAGUGUGUUGAGUUGUUUAGAGGGUAAGUUUGAAGAGGAAAAGUUUCUCUUGUUAAUCUUUCUUAAACUAAUGUUACAAAUCUGAUUGCUUUAGCUGACUCAAGACAAAAUUUCUCACAUUAGAAACUACUAUGGAGAAAGUGGUUCUCUGGGGUAUUACUGUUUGGGCUUUUAUUUAUUGUAGGUUCCGUGCAGUUGCAUAAAAGUAGCAAGAAGAAAAGAAAACGAAGAGCAGUAGCUGAUAGGGAUUUUUUUCUCCCUAUGCCAAAAGAAAUCAAUCUAAUAUAAAGAAGAGAAAGAAUGUAUUCCCAAUCCCUACUUAACCACAGACUCACUGAGAAAGGAAUGAGACCUGGUUCUAUAGUAUAUGAGCUAGCCCUAAAGCAAUAAUUUAACUUCUGUUAGGUACUUUCUUCAUAUGAAAAAAAAAAAAAAAAAAAAAAAAACAUGUUGAGGUCACUCCUACUUUUACCUUAAAUUCUGCAUCAGUGGAGUGUGAAGGAGUCAAGUGAAGGAUAGGCAUGCUGAAAAUUUGAACAGUGGCGUCUGUUCCAUAGCAUCUGCAGAUCUCCUUAGCCACUCAAUGUAAAGUUUUGUCCUAGACCUUUAAGACUAGUUGUUGCAUACUAACUGCAUUGUCUUACACGCUAUACAACCAUUGUCUUCUUUAUUUUUUGAGGGGAGCAUUUUUUAUGUCUGAAGUCUGAUUUUUGAAGGAGCAUGACUUGCUUCUUCUAUAUAUUUUAUAUUCAUCUCCUGCAUUCUGCAUGCAUAGUAACUUUUAAAACCCAGCAUCAAUUGUCCAACUGCUGAAAUUACCAUACAAUACAAUGUGAAGUGUUAUGUGGCUACUGUCGUCAUAGUGUCCCAGAAAAUAAAGUAUUGAUCUUUUCUUCCUUGGCCGUAUCAAAUAACCUAUCCUACAAAUCAAGAUGUUGUUCACAGGAAGAACACUUACCUACCUGGAGCAGUAUGCCUCUGUUACAGAAGUCUGUACUUACAGGGUGUGAAAAGAUUAAAUAGUCUAGUGAUUUAUUUGUUUUUUAAGCCUUGAGAAAAAUUCAAGGGUUGAUGAGGGGAAAAGUAGAUAGGCCAUGAUGAUAGGUGCAUUCCUGUAGGCACUCCAGUCCACCACUGUGCAGUGUCAGCAUCCGCCAAUAGGAAAUGUUAAGAGUGAUGCCUUUCUCAAAAGACUUUAUCAAAGACAGUAUUUAGGAGUAACUUACUUAUAUUUUAAAGAACAUAAAUACAUAAAUAUUUUGAUCGUCUUAAGAAGACUGGUGCACAUACAAUUCUAUUUUCCCAAAAUAUUCCAUUCAAUAGCAUGUCUUUGGCCUGGUGGUGGUUCUCAGUAGCAAUUUAACUGGUCUAUUUUGAACAAAUUCGAUAGAAUGAAUUGACUGUUGUAGACAAAGUUCCUUUUCUGUUUUCUCCUCCCUCAAAAUAGCAGAUGUAUUUUCAGUUCUCAAUUUCUUCUCUUGGUGUUUGGAAUAUAAGUGGGACGUGAGAGAACAGUUUAGUUUGUUAGCUCUCUGCAUUUGUUGUUGUGUAGAGGUUUACCUCAGUCUGCUGUCAAACACUGCAAACAGCUUUACCUAAAAGUACACACUUGAAAUGCAGAAACUUCACGACAAAUCUAAACGUUAGAACCCUGAAGUAGUGAGCUAAGACUAAGGAUGACAGUGUACACAGCCCAUACCUAAGUCCGGAAUGUUUCUUGCCAUUUGCUAAUCUGCUGUGUUGGCCUUCAUGUUCUUUAGACUCACAGUAAGAUUUGUACCGAUGAUUUCACAAUCUAGACUGCUAAUAGGAGGAAAUCUGUUACUGUUUAGUAAGUACUCUUAAAAAGUUUACCACACUAUAACCAGAUGUAAAAAGAGAAUUCUAGAACUCACUUCAUUAAUCAUCUUUUUUCACUCCCACUUCCUGGACCCUACAGGAAUUCAGUAAGAGCAUGAUUUUCUCUACCACUGUGGCCCUACUUUCACCCUACGUAUUUUUUUCAAAUGACAAUUAAAACAUAAUAAAGAUCAGAGCUGCUCUUUGAAAUAAGCUACAUCUAUAUAGACUGUAGGAAAGUCUUAAGAUCAAGAAGUGGCCUUCACGUAGCCACUCUCGGCAUCCUUAUCAUAGUUAGCUAAGAGUUUAGGAUGACUAGAAAGCUCAGGGUCAUUCUUGGCCAUAUAGCAAAUUAGGCCAAUCUGGACUACAUAAAAUCCUGUCUUUUGUAGAGAGGUAUAGAGAGGGAGAAGGAAAAGAUGUCAAUUAAGGUUCAUUACUAUUAUUAUUACUGAUAACCAGUAUUGAAUAUCUGUACUACUACAAUGCUGAACCCUUCAUAUAGACUUUCUCAUCUGUAUAACAACAUCAUUAUCUUCAUUAUAAUUUUCCAGAGAUUUAAGAAUUGGCUCCAUAUUUCCCAACAUUAGUAAAUUUGAAUCAAAUUGACAUCUAAAACAAAGAUUGCACUCAAUCAGUUAGGCCACGCUGUCGGUAAGACUUGCUCAGAAACUGAUGCACACACAUAUACACACACCCCAAGAGUAACAAAACAUAGUCCGUCCUCACUCAGCAUAAAUGAGCUUCGGGUUACUGGGAACCAUUAUCCCAAACUGUUCCAUAUCGAUGGGAUUAUUCUCAUCAAGAAACAUUUGCUUAACUGAAGAUUUAUUCACUUGGUUUACGUUGCUGCUCAUAAGUAGAACUUACUUGAUCUUAAGUAUAGAUUAUAGACUGAACCUCCAAUUCUGGUCAACUGUUUCAAAUAAUUAUCAGUAUUUUUAAAAGGAUCCAGAUGAUAGGACCAUAGUUGGAUCAUCCUGACUCUAUCCCUACCAACAGAAAAUGACAAAUCACUGCUCACUGUGGGUCUGCAGUUUCAUUUUCAUGAACUGAAGAUAACUGGCUAUGUUAAAUUUGUCUGGAAAUAAAUCUUACCAAUAUGAUUGAGAGGUUUUCUUGUUUCAUACAACUUUUUCUGCCAACUGACUGACAGCUUGCCCUGCCUCCAUACUCUGGCCACAUUAUUCCAAUCCCUAUCGUACUGAGUUACCCAAAGGAUCGGUACUCUGGUUUCAGGUCCAUAUUCUUUCACAUUGCUCUAGGAUGAUGGUUUUCAAACUUUCCUGAGUCACUUUCAGGGCUUGUUAAACCUCAGACCACUGAAAUCUACCUACUUGUCUGUGUAGUUGGACUGGUGGAAUGAGAAGUCCAAGAAUGUGUGUUUCUAACACACCCCAGAAGAAAGGAAUCUAUCUGUCCUACAAAGAUACUAGAAGAAAAAUUUAGAACUAGUAUUCUGGUAGGAAGAGAACUAAUUUAGAACUAAUACCCUGCUACUUAGACUGCCUUGAGAUAUUCACAAAUCAAAAGCAGGACUGUAUAAGUUGACUAGAGUUUUUGAUAAGUUAUUUUAUUCUCUUUAUAUUCAUUACUUUUAAUAACCUUCUGAUUCCCUCUUACUUUUCAACAGCUAUCUCAAGAUAUAUCUGGUAGGGAUGAAUUAUAAAGACAUAAAAGUCAUCAUGCAAAUAAUACGGGUACUUAAGCAUGUUUUUAAUAUAUUAAAUAAUUCUGGCAUAUAAAUUUUAGUAAAGAAAAGUGAAUGAUUACUCAGAAAUUACUGACAAGCUUAUUGAAUAUAAAAUAUUAAGACCUGAAGGAACCUAGAAAUUACUUUAGUCUCCAUAUUUUACAUUUGUACUGUAUACCAUGUAAUAUGAAUGAUUCAUGGGUUAUCUAAAUAAACAUAAGGGCUUUAAAUGCUAAUUAUUUCUUGAGAUACAUAAGUGAGGCAAAAUAAACUCAUUUCCUGUAAAACACAUAACACUUUCACCAUCUUUCUGAGUCUUCUCUGUAUUUACAAGGUAAAGGAACUCUAUAAUGUAGUUUAUGGUUCUUUCUUAGUUAAUAGUUGUAACCAUUGCUUUCAGUGUGGAGAUUCAUUAAGUUUAUUCUGUAAAAAAAAAAAUAACACUUAAAAAUUACUUUCUCCAUGCUUGCCAGCCUAGUGGCAAUUGUACAGGCAGAGACUAAGUGGGUACUUAGUGUGGUAUAGAGAGAGAGCAAAUAAUGAGAAAAGAGCUGUUACCUACAUCUUUUUAACUCUGAGAACUUAACAGAAAUAACAUAUGAGACUUUUUCAUUCAACUCUGUUAAGUAGGCAAAUUGAAAGAAGAAGUAUGAUUUCAAAUUGCCAAGGAUUAUCCUGAAAACCAUACCCCCCAAAAACUACUGUUUCACCCAUCUCUAACUACAGAACAACACAGCUAGUUUUGAGGGCUGUACCUCUGUGGCAGAGCACCUACCUAGUGUCUUCCAGCCCUGGGUUCCAUCUGAAGCACUAAGAAAUGUUUUUAAAGGAGAACUACUUUUUCUUGGGCUUUCUAAUUAUAACAGUUUGCUACACCACACAAAUAUAUACUGUAUAUGUGCAUAUAACACAAAUAACUUUUGCAUUCAUAUAGAUUCUAGGCCUCUGCCCCUGUGCCUUGUCUUGAUGAAGUAAUGGAAGCUGGGUUCACGUCAGUUGUGGCUGUAUUUAAUCAGCUGCUGUAAAGUGUAUUGAGCCUGGAAAUCUGCAUCUACCAAGACAGGGAAAGAAGAACAUUCAUGCCAAGUAUAUGCUAUUUGUCAUCCCAACUUGAAAGCUAUAAAAGAUCUCCUUAGAACUAUAAAAAAUUCAAGGUCAGCAAGACAGCUGCUGCUUACAGCACCUACUGCUACAUGACUCACCUAGGACCGAGUCUUCUCUAACAAGUCAAAGAAAUUGUUUUCAACCAAGAGCUUUAAAACAGCACAGAAUCUCCACUGGGCCUCUAAGAAACAGAAAAACCAUUACCAUAAUGAUGUCAAAGAGUGUACCCUUAAAUGUUACACUUUGUAUUUGCUUCUGAGGAGUUCUCAGCACCAUUAAAAUAACAGCAUUUUCCCCCUUUAAAACUGAGGCCAGUUGAGCCAGCGAGAUGGCUCAGUAGGUAAAGAGACUUGCUACCAAGCCAGAUGACAUAAAUUCAAUCUCCAGAACUAACAUGGUGAAAGGAAAGAACCAACCUAAGCAAGGUGUUGUCAAGUCUCCAUACGUGUACCUGCACACACAUGCACACACACACACACACACAAAUAUAAAUAAAUUUCAACAAUUUAAAGUUGAAGAUUUUUUUCCAAUGAUACUCAGACAUUAGUGGCACAGUUUAUUAACAAGGUCAGUUUGGAUCCUCAUCUCCAGGGAUUAUGAUUCAGCUGGAGGAGUGGUUCUGAAAUUAGCCUACUUAAUUGUCCUGUUCAUAUCUUGUUCUAAUUAUCUGGAACCUUGGUGGUGGUGAUGGUAGUAGUGGUGGUUAUCAUUUCAAGUUCUCAUGUUGUCUUGGGUGGCCUCACAUGUCCAGGUAAUUUGGACUCACCUUAUACUGCCUACAAAGUGCUGGAAACACAGGUGUCAGCCACCACCUCCACUUGAAAGCUAUUCAUUACCAUCAACUAAAAGUAGAAACUUUCAUUUUUCUAGCUGAAAUUGCUUGCAUUUAAAUACCAUCAUGGAUGGUGAUCUUUUUUGUUUGUUUGUUUAUUGCUUGCUCUAAACACAUGAAGACCUAAUGCUGAAUCAAGGUGUUUAUUUUGUGGGGUCACUCGGCCAGCUUGGUGGGAUAGCCAGUGAAUACUGAGGACACCAGCAUCAGCCUCCAUUCCUUCCCAACAAUAUAAACUCAAGUUCCAACUGCCCUUACUUGCUUUCUGCCCCUGGGCUGCAUACUCCCUCAGUUUCACAACCCAAAUGUUUCUGAAAUUCUCUCCAGCUUGAGUUAAGUCUUUUCAGUCUCUCAAAUUUGACCCUCCAAUUCUCACAUAAUUUUUGCCAGCCUUUUCUCCUAAAAUAUUAGGAAUAUUUUAAAAAUCCUUAAUUUGGAGCUAUUUUUUAAUGCCUCAAUUCUAGUAGUAAUCUUUUUUUAAAUUGUGUCAGAAUGCAUAUCAUAAAAGUAACCUUUUAAUAGUUUCCUAAAUGUUCAGUGGUGUUAUUUGUAUAUAGCCAAUCUGAAAAACAUUUCUGUCUGAGCUCCUAUACCAUUAAUCUCCCCAUCUCUUCCUAGCCCAGCCCCAUCGUGUUUUCUUCACAGCGUUUUUUUAAAAAAUGUACAAAUAGCUUCUUAGCCCCCCUUCUCUCAAUAGCGGAUUUAUAGUUAUUGCCACUUGGCUCCAAAUAAAAACUUUUAUCUUCUUACGGUUCUAGCAUGCAAAAUGACUUAGAAUUGCAAAGCCCUGUGCGUAUAUGAAGAUCGCGCUAUAAUCCUUGUGACCAAGUGGAGGAUAUUUUUGUCCUGGGAGUUCUUCCAGUGAAAGUGAGCUUUUAUCCUGAGAACUGGAGGACUCGUGGCCAUUUUUGUGCGUGUUUGUUUGUUCAAGAUUUGACGCUUCAGUUGCCAGGAUAAGUCGACUUAAACAGUAGACUUUAUAUAGCUCUUUCCAGUGUAUAGCAGAGGUUCAUAUUCUCCUAACACAUAACAUGUAUCAUGUUGGAUGUUUUCCUAAAAUCUGACAGUUUUAAUAUUCAUUAAAUAAUUUCAAAAAUCUUUGCUUAAUAUGAAACUUUAUCAUAAAAUAACUAUUAUGAGAAGAAUAUAUUUGGAUAUAAAAUAAUAUAUGUGUGUAAAACUAAGAUUCACUAUUUGACAAUAAAGUCUCAAAUAUUAUCUUCAGAACCCUUGGACAUAACACUCAACACAAGAACUUUUUUCUUUUCCGUUAAGGGAAAUUUUUUUUCAUUAAUUUACACCAAUUUAACUAGGGAAGUGUGGCACAACAGAGUGGUUCUAUAGCAGACCAUGCAAUUACUUUUCUUUCUUUUCAGGGUUCCUCUUGCUUUUAAAAUCUUGUUUCAUUGUAUAGUAUUAGCAGACCUAAAUCACAGAGCUCCAUUUAGUGCCCUGAACUCUAACAAGCUCAGGCUGCUAGGCCACAAUUUAGCCAGUCCUCAAUCUGUAGUCUCUGAUAUAAGAUUAGCACUAAUAUUUUACAAGUAGGAACCUGUAGAAAACAUUUCAUUUCAGCCUGGAAAGUCCCCAAGUUCUGAGCUUUCGUUUUAAAAUCAUUUACCUACUCUUUUAUAGUACUAAAUUUAUUUAGAAUAUAGAACGCCUGUGGCACUUUGGUAACUGAUGAUAGUUUGCAUUAUUGUUCUUUAAGCAUUAUUAAACCAUAUCCAUAUUUAAGCGAGCUUAUGAGCAAUUAGGUAAAUAUGUUGUGAUUCGGUUUGUUAGUCGCCAGUUAUUUUUCAAUGUUUUUUAAAGGCUCUAACUUAUAUUUGAAGAAUGUAAGCAAUACAUAUAAUGAAGCAUUACAACAAGCUACAAUUCCAGCAGUCCCUUUAAGGUAUUUGCAUCUGAUGUAAGGCGUAUUACAUAGACUCUACAUGUUAUGUGAUAGAAACUUUUACAUUUUAUGAAGAAAUGAUUAAUCUUGGGUAAACACAGAACUUGAUUCUCUAGACUUUCAAUAAUUAAUUCUAAAUGACAAGUUACCAUUAGUAAAUUUGUUACCCAGCAUAGCUUUAAAGUGCAUAUAAAUGCUAAAUUAUUUGCUGUAUUUAUUAUACUUAAGAAAGCCAAAGAAUGUUAGGUGUUUAUUACUUGGACUAUUAUUUCAAGUCUUUGUGGAGUUUAAAAGAAUUCUAGUCUUGCCUUUGACCUCACAAUGUGCAACAGUGCUUAUAUCAGGUCAGGGUACCAUGUUCAGGAGCCAGAUCUGGGUUUUCUAGCCAGGCCUGGGCCUAGGACAAGUCACUUAACUCUGGGGAUGCCAUUUUUCUCGCUCAUCACUUGAGGGGACCAGAUCAGGAAAUGUGAGCUCUGGGCCCUUCUAGUAUCUAUGUCCCUUGAGCCAGUCAAACAUCUUAGCUAUCUUUAAUGUCCUUCUAUGGCCCAUGUCUUCUCCAGCUGCAUUUGUUGCAUCUGUCAUUUAUUGACCAUUCUAUGCUCAGCAUUUUUCAUAUUUAGUUCUGGCUGCUUUGCAGUUUUGCUUCUAAUUUGCCUUGUCCCCGUGGUUAACCUUGUGUGUGUGUGUGUGUGUGUGUGUGUGUGUGUGUGUGUGUGUUGAAGCUAACACAGAUCAUAUAUAAGUUUUAUCUAGACAAAAGCUUUAAGUAGGUAGUUCUUAUAGUUUGAUGAGAUUUUUAGACGAGUAACCUAAAUCUUGAUUAAAUAUACUUUAAACUUAGUUUUCCAUAUGAAAACUCAUCUCCUUGACUUGAAUAUAAAUUUAAAGAGCCUCUUUCUUCCUCCUUUGCAUUCCCCUCCACACCUUGCCCUGUGCUGAUUGCAUAAAUCAUCUUUUCACUUAAUCACCACUGUUCCUCUUCCUGUUCCUUUUCUGCCUUUGAAAACACAGUACUUAACAGAAUUAUAAAUGGUGACAAGUGAUAGUGAAAGGGAUCAUUUAAAAUGUGCUGGGGGAAUAUGUCAUUUUUUGUUUCAAAGAUGUCUCACAAAUUAAGGUACAAUUUGAUAUGGGGUCUUCUGUUUCCUAAACAUUCUAAAUUUUACUUAAUGACAUUUUUGUGCCAUGUCCAGUGUUGCUUGAUUCUAAACAUCUUUUGGAGCCUAAUCAAACUUGUAUUUCCAUUCAACAUAUAUUUAUUUUAUCUGCCAGGUUCCAGGCAGUGUGUUCAUACAUACGAGACGAGUGUUUCAUAAUUAGCUGUAUUUUACAUUUAGCAAUUGAUUCUUUAAAUAUGAUUGUUUACAUCUGUCAGUGCUCUAAAUAUAUUUCACUGAUGCAAACAGAGAAAGACAACAGUACUAUUUUAGACAGUUAUUUUGUCUUCAUCAUUCCAAAUCUCUCACUGUCCUGGAAUAAAAGUAGCAAUCUGUUUCAUCUCAUGCCUGCUGUGUUCAAGUGGCAAUGCAUUCCUGAGCAACAAGCAUGAGGGAUGACUAUGCAGCCCUCUGAAGUCUCCUCAUACAGUGCUCCCAUGAUUUCCGUAGAGGGACACAGGGUGGUGACAUGUAUUGCAUAUUUGCUCUCCCUGCCUUAGACUUUUGUAUUCUGCCUCACUUUAAGUUUUAUUUCAUCCAUUGUAUAGUCACAGAUUCCUUUUUACAUAAUAGAAUUUGCAAACAUCUGCCAGCGUGCUUUGCUAUAAUGACUAUGUCACUCAUGAGCCAAAUGGAAUCACCCUGAUUCUGUUCGGGUUGUGUGAAUCAGCAGAUGCACUAGUCCGCACAUAGAAACCCUGCAGUCCAGACCACCCAGGGACACAUUGAAUUAUUUGUGGUAUAAGAAACUGAUAUAUCCUGAACAUUUUCUGGUGACUUCAUUAAUUUUUAAAUAUUUUCUAAUUAAAUUAAAGACUUAAAAAUAUGGAACUUAAAAUCAUUUUCAGAGUUCUUUCACAUACUCAGCCUCAUUUUGUCCUGAUUUAAAUUUGUUGCAUAUUGCUACCCCCACCCUUGGAUGUAUAAAACUUGAGUCCCUGUCAGAUAACAUGAUUUGCUGUAAUCAGCAGCCUACCUAAUAAUAAUAAAAUAACAAGGUGUUAAUGAGGCCACUGAUAAUUAAUGCCUUCAUAAUAACAGACAAAUUUUAGAUAGCAGUCUUUCAAGAGUUGGUCAGUUUCAACAUUUUUAUAGUUAAAGGUAUUCUCAAACUGCAUCCUAGGCAGAUGUGGUAGUGCAUGCUUAUAAUUCCAGCAUUUCUGACACGCAGGAAAACACAAGUUCAUGGCCAACCUGGACUACGUGAAACUCUAUUUUUAAAAAAAGAAGAAAAUAGCAAGGUACUUUCUUGCUUUCACAUAGUCUUUAGGUUCAAGCCUUUAUUCGCUUUAUGCUGGUUUUGAGCCCUGGUAGUAGACACAGCACUCAGUGCUCUGGUGGUCCUGUCAGGCCACAGAUCUAGUCUGAACUGGAUUCUGACUGUCAACACAGCAGCCUAGCUUCCCAGCUUCAAACAUGCAUUCAUCUUUGCCUGAACAGCCUGAUCCCUUUUUCUCCCCCUGUCACCUCUUAUCAUUGCAGCUGCAUUGUGAGUUUAACUACCUAAUUUGCAUAGUGGGUCUAAUAAAUCAAUCAAUGAGCCCUUUCUCUAUGCUCACUUCUUGUAUUUAUCUAGUUUAUCCGUUUUUAAUACAACAUUUUAUUCUUUGAGAAAUUCAUACAUGCAUACCAUGAGCCUGUGCUCAUAUGAACACUUUGUUAGUGACCACAUAAUAAGAUGAAGGCAGACUUUGCUCCAAAGAUCUGUUUGAAGGUAGCGUCAGUUUUCUCUCUAACUCAAGAACCCACAUCUCUCUUCCCUUCAUGAGUGUUUACAAUGAAUAAUGAAGAGCCCAGAGUGCUGCAGUGUCCUCAGUUACAUACUCAAAUUCAGUCAUAUUCAUAUGUCAUCUGUUAGAGCAAGAGCUCAAGACAGAAACAGCUCCACUUCGGUAGGAUUAAUAACAGUGUGAUCAAAGCUGUAAUUAGGAAAUUCCACAAAAUAAAUGACCCCUAUGCUUCGUAUUCCCAGUUUACCAGAGUUGUGGCAUUGCUGUGGUAGUAGCCAUCUUAAUUUCUGAAUUUGACAUGCAAAUUGGAUUAUUCUGACCUUAUAUUUAUGGCCAUAAAAAGUUCAUGUGCAAAUUAGCCUAAUCUGCAAGAAUUAUCAUAUAUUUAUAAAUUAUCAUAUAUUUGAAUAUGAUAUAUGUAAAUUUUAUUUUUAAAAUGCUCUGUAUGACUAGGAUUUUGAAGGAAGGGCUUAAUAGAAAUUCCACAAUUUCCUUUUUCUGUGAAAAGAAUAAAACAAGAAUCAUUAUAAUCGACUUCCUCCACUCCCUUCAGCAAUGAUUUUAAUAUUUCUAGGUUCUAGGUCCCCCUAAAUUCUCAAGCACUAGUACAGAGCAGUAACUAGCAUAGACACUGGUGUUGGCCAAUCCUGGAUUGAAGUCCAAAUUCUAUCAGUUGUAUAAUUAUGUUCUGGGCCAUCGUCUGUCUCCAGGACCUUAGUCAAUUCCAAAGCAAAAGGACCACUUGUAAACCAGAUGCUCCUUAGGAAAGUUAAGCAUUAUAAGGUGCAGGAAACCAUAGCAAAAUAAUCUGUCACAUAGUGACACUUGAGAACUGCUAACGUUAUUCAUUUUCCAAACCCAUAAAAAUGCAUGAUUCUACAAGAAGUAUAACAAAAUGAUGCAAAAGUAGGAGUGGGCCUCACUUUACCACAAGAACUCCAGGUAGCAGUGGUGAGGAACUUGAAUUCCUUUUAGUCUUAGAAGUGUUGUAGUUAUCGAUAGAAGAGUACAGAUGCAUAAGUGAAUAUUGCUUGCACAGAAAACCAAAGGCACUAGACUAGAAAAAAUUAUUCUUUAGACUAUCAGAAUUAAGAAUUUUCUGUCCAUCUGGAGACAUCAUUAAGAAACUUAAUAAGAUUGUUUAAGAAAUUAAAAAAAUAUAUAUAAAUUCCCAUCUAUGAAAGGCCAUGCAUGAGGUAGGUGACAUGAGUUGAAGACCAGUUAUCCCUGCAUUAAAAGAACAUACUUCUUAUGUUUCAUCAUCUUGGCAUGAUAGCAUAAUGACUUGGCAACCUAUUAUCUACUUGUCUACAUAUGCCAUCAACUUAAAUAGGGAAAAAUCUCCAAGAUGUCUUGGGGUUUCUUCAAAACCACCAAACUGCGCACUUUGGAACUUGCACUAGAUCUUGCAAAGUGGUUUCUUACCAGCCAAUGUUCAUCUUUUGCUUCAGAAUCAGUGGAAGUGUAUGUUUUAUUUAAGAUAUCGCUGGGUAGUCUUCUCUCAAACACAAGAAUUUUCGCAUCCCUCUAUUCUAAAACAGAAACCAUGAUUACAUACAAUUCAAGUGUGGUGACAAAUGUCUGUAAUCUUAGCCACCCAGGAGACAGGAGCAGGACUAUGCUACUAAGACCUUACCUCAAAACAAUAACAAAAAAGUAAUAAGGUUAGAUAUGGGACUCAUUUUCAUGGAAGAAGCAUUCCACUCAUAAGCUGCUGGGUUUCAGGGUGUAAGAAGCAACUACAGUUUGGGCCCCAGUGAUUGAGGUAGAGCACUGUGCAGGUUGUGGGCUUCCUGACACCUUCCCUCUCAGGUAUCUGAACUGUAUUUUUUUUCUUUUAUCUCACACAGGAGCUCUGUUUUCUUUUGACACUUGAAAACUUAUAAAACUACAAGAAAUGUUUCCCUGACUGUCCUCUGAUUGAAUCAGUAUUUCUUAUUUCCUCUGAGAGGCAUACACGGACUGUUAGGUUAUUGGACUGUUAGAGGAAAGCUAUAGCUGAGAACCUGCAUUAUCUUAUCAAUGUAUUGUUUAUUAUAAAUAUAUCAACUUCUACUUAUGCCAUUUUCUAUUAACAGCCUCGAUAAUAAUUGUAGGUUAGGAGAGUCACCAUUCUUUUUGUUUUAGUUUAAGCAUGUCCCCACACUUUCACUUUUAAUUAGAGUGUGUAAUGUGAAGUAAAGCUAUUUUUCAAAGCAAGGAAUACCAAUUUCAGGGAAAUUAGGUUAUUCAUUUAGCUUUUCAAAAUACCCAUACAAUAGCCUUGACUGUGCAGGAAACAUUGUUUGUACCUUUCUAUUUUUUUUCCUCUACUCUCAGGUGGAGGUGAUUAUGAAUGGUAAAAUCUUAUUUUAAAUGUGUUUGUAUGAAACAUAGAUAUGGGACAGUAUAAGCCGUUGGUGGGGUUUUAAUUGAAAUUACCGAAAGGAAUAGAUUGGAGAAAUGAUUGGCGUCUGAUUCAUGUUUUAACUUUACAGAUGAAUGCUUGGCAUCACUUGUGAGCAAAUUCUGUUCAGUAUAUUAGCAUUUUCUUCUCAGAACUAAUACAAUUUUCUUUUAUUUUUAGAAUGACUACACAGUGUAAUAAGGUUACUUCUGUAAGAAACUAAGCAUCCACUAGAUACCUGAUUCAAAAAGUAGCCUCCCUCUUUAAAACUGAUGAACACAGGCCAAAUUAUAAUGGUGAAGUAAUCAUAAAUUAGGACCUGCACUGGCAUCUCAACGUUUCAAAACCUGGAAUACUACAUCUGUAUUUCACUGUGUGCCAUACAGCAUACGAUAAAGUCCUAUUCUCUCCCACCUGCCUAUACUGAGUCAGUGUCCUUUCUGAACGGUGGCACCUGCUGUUCAGCAGUCCCCUGUAGAGUAUUAGUCCUGGAUUCCACUCCAGACUGUGUUACUCUUUGUGGGAGAGUUUGAAAGGGAGACUUUUGAGGAGAAAGAAAAAUGGCACCUACCUUCUGAUGCUUCUGAGAGAAUGUUGAGGUGUAUUUCACUGUAAUGCUUUUCAAUUUUUGAUUAAAACACAAUUUACAUGGUGUCAAUGCUAUACCACUCAGUUUCAGUGAAUAUGAAAACAUGGAGUAUUUCCGUUACCCAAAAAGCUCCUGUAUACUUGUUUUCAACCGACAUACCCACAGCCCACCUCCCUCCUAAUUUCUAGAAGCAACCAUUGAUAAUUUGCCAUGUUUGUGUAUUCUAGAAUUUUAUUUAACUUAAUGUGUGUUUUUUUUUUUCAUUUUGGUUUCUUUCUCUGUCAGAUCAUCCAUGUUGUUGAGCUUCAUGGUAAUUUCUUUUUAUUGCUGAUAUCUUCUUGAAACAGAUCUGAACAGUGUAUCUGAAUUGAUGAAUGUGUAGACAGCAAACCUAUAAAAAGAAAUACACGGUGAGGAAGUACUGUCCAGUAGUAAGUGACAGUGCCUGUAACCUUCAGACCCCUCUUCCAGUUUAACUGGGACUGUGCGGAUCAAGAAGUACUAUUUGGGACACUUGAGUUAUUCUACCAACAACAGAAAACGGGUGAGAACCCAUCAGCCAACACAGUGGCCAUCAAACUCAUUUCUUUUGCUUUAUAGUUAUGCUGUGAUUUCACAGAGCAAAUGUUAAAAAUAUUCCCAGGUGAGGAAAUACUUGGUAUAGGGUCUAGUUUAUCAAACACCCUGGACUAGGAUUGGGCCUGCCACUGCCUACCUGUCAUCCAAGUACUCUGGAGGCUGAGGCAAGAGACCUACAAGUUCAAGGCCAUCUGGCCGAACUUUGUCUUUUAAAGAAAAAUGAUAGCUCUAAUACUUCCAUUGUUUGCUGGCAUGAGGACUCUAGUUGAUGUAAUGUGGACCUAGUGAGCUCAGUUUUAUAGUUAGAAAUUCUGUUGGAUCUGGAAUCCCAAAGAAAGGUUAUAUAAGUCACAGGUGAGCAGGCACUUCAAGAUUGACAUCUGGACGGCAUCUGUCUUUUUCUAAACAGCCUAAUGAUAGCUAAUCUGAGUUCUGCCCUUUUACUCUAAGUCAGUGAAUGGCAGUGAAUUUGAGCAAAUGUUUACUCUGAUUCUGGGGUGCUACAGUAUAUUCCAGUAUCCCGAAAGGGUGAAAGGUUUCACCACCUGUUGUCUUUUGCAAGAAUUCUGUGUCCUAUAAAUACCUGGAUGUGAUGUUGCCCCUGCAUCUUUACCUACACCCGCCCUCAACACCAGGAGCCCAGAGGUAUCGCAUACCAGGUAUUGGUUGUCACCUACCACUAGCAUACACAAGAGCUACUCUCCUGCCAUUAUGCGAGGUUGACGCAUCCUUCAAUGGUUAAUUAUUUGGCAAUGGAAAAGCCAAAUAAUUAUAUAGCAACAUAAGGCAUAAGCCAACAGAAGGCAUCAGUUCAUGGGAGAAGGUCCCCUAAUGAGAUGAAAAGUAGCCUGAGUGCUGAGAAAAUACUAAUAAAACUUACUAUUAUUUUAACGCUCCAGAUCUCAUAGCCACUUGUGUUCUCAUUUCUUUUAUGUCUCUGCCUACCACUAAGUACCCUACAGUCCUUUGUUGCUCUUUCUUAAAUACAUGUGUGUGCAUGUGUGUGUGAGUAUGAUGUCUGGAAGUGGUCAUGCAUGCCAUGGUGCACAUGUGGAGGCCAGAGGAGAACUGCAUGGAGUUAGUUCUCUCAGUCCACCUUUAGGUGGGUUCUGGGCCCAAACUCGGGUCACCAGGCUUGGCCAGCAAAUGCCUUUACCCACUGAACUGUCUUGCCUGCCUUCCUUACCUACUUGUACUUAUUCUUCUGCUUUCACUAUUCAUAUUUCAGUCUGAUAAUUCCAAAAAUACUGAAAUGAAACUUCUCUUUAAUGUGACCUACUUUAAUGCAGAAUUUGACCUACGUUGUAUUUUUCAUUUUUAAAAGGAAGGUUAGAUAUGAAUAAAGAGAAACCUUAUUAGUAGAAUUUAACCUGUAAGGAAAGCCUCCAGAGCCAUCAUAAUAAGCCUCAAGGAUAUAGUCUCAAUUCUAAAGUCUGCUAACUUCUUUUGAACAAUAUCUAAACAGUCCAUCAUCAUUUUAGUUGUAGUAAUUAAUUUUAAUUAACUGCCAAUAGUUUCUUACCAGAUGGAGAAAAGAGGAUAUAGCCCCUAUUGUCAUCUGAAUAUAAGAAAUGCUAUCAGCUUAAUGUGAGGAUGGCAAAGAGACCAUGGGUUGUGAAUUACAGAAUUACAAUCUUCAUUUCUUGGUGCAUAUAUCCUGCCUAAGGGUUUUUUAAAAGGCUCAGCAUAAAAUAGAGUUGCUGUCAUAGUAACCUUUCUUCCUUGCAUUUGCUUGUUCUGGAGACCAAAAAUCCCAGGAUUUUAUGGGGCUAGAGGUGCUGGCCCAUGGGUUGAGCAUGGGCUUAACACAGGCAGGGCCCUAGGUGGCAUGCCCAUCACAUCAACCAAAAGAACUGGCUUCUCACUUUCCAGUUUUUACUUCAUUACAUUCUUGUCAACAUGUGUCACUAAAACUGCUGGGUUUAUAUACAUAGGAAGUGACUUUACUUAAAAAUUCAAACUUAUUAUCAAAAGACACAAUUCUUCCGCUAGUUAUAUUUAAAAACCAUAACUCUGAUUUUCACAAGAACUAAUUCCCCUUUCUGUUUUAACCAUGAGAAAUGAGAUCAUAAAGUGACCUGUUCAGUGAGUUCAUGGAAACUGCUGGGAGUAGGAUGGCCUCCUAAACACUAAUUUUAUUGACAAUACAAAGCAUUAUCAUAUCCACAUACUAUUGUGACUUAAAUAGGAUUAUUCGGGAUUUAAAAUACUUUGCUUAAAAUUUUUGCCAGAGAAAGGAUAGUCAUUUAUUUAAAGAGAACAUUUAAUACUCAGAGCUAUGCAAGAACCCUGAACCACCAAACUCUUAGGGCUUAACUUGCCUUUUUUCUUGAAAAGAAAAUCAAUUUUGAGUGUCACCCAGAUUCCCACUUUGUCAGCUGAAGAAUCAGUCAGCACAAUAAAGACUUUUAGAGCUAGAAAAGACUGUUGGUAUCCCCUGGUCUAACCGCAGAAGUCACUCAGUCCAGGGAAAUCACUCUCUUCUCCAGGGACUUUGGUUUUUCUGCUUUAGCCACAGUCCACAGAUUGCAAAUCAUACAGAUGUGCAGCUGUCUUUUCAUUCCUUCUGAUAGUGGGCUGCAGCUUCCUGGCUUAUUUCCUUGAUUCACUGUCUGAAUUGGCUUCAGGAAAGUAUCGGCUGCCAUGUGCAGCAGCUCGUCUUUAACUAGAACACCUGGCAAAGGUAAAGAUGGAUAAUUCCUAGUUUUAGGGAAUGUUGUAGUCAGUGGUGUCACUGGCACUCUAGAAAACACACUUUGGUCGGCUGUGUCAGGGUGACUUCAGAAUGAGUAGGGCUACCCUGUUAAUCAGAAGGACAUGCCACCUACCGUAGUGCAGAGGAGGCCGGCACAGCUCUUCAUGGGGUCCUCUGGCGGGAGUAUAAUAUAAAGGUUAUUGGUCUAUUUUCUCGGUCCUGUUUCUCUCUACAUUAAAUCAGCAGGUGUUUCUUUUGUAUAUUCCAAGCUCUGCUGCGUCUGACUAUUAGAGCAGGAUGCAAGAUCCUGUCUUUGGUCCCAAAGAUGAUAAAAUACGCUUGCCAUAGAGUAAUACAUCACUGCCCACAGAGUAGAGCAUUCGACUCUUAUAAACUCUGCGCAAUUCAACCACUACCCAUGCAGUUGAUUAAUGUUGCCAGCCUCGUCCAGAUACAGGGAGAAAUACAUGCUACAGAUGUUGUGAGGUAUUUUACAAAUGAGAAUUCUGUAAACAUAACAGCUAAAGAAAAGACAGAAAAGGUUAAAUAAUAUAGUAAGAAUGCGUUUCUUGCAGACGGUCAGUAUUUAUAUCAAUGUGUAGAACUAACUGUACCACAACCUAUAUUCUAGGUGAAUACAAUUGUCUAACUCCUACACUGUCAACAAUGUGGAUUAGCAAGAAAGACUCCACAGCAUUAGAUUAUUUGGGGUAUUAGAUCAGGUAAAUAAAGUUGGAAUAUUAUAUAUACUGUAGACUUUCCAUGUCUUCAACUUUAAGAAUUUUAUGCAUUUCAGUGUUUUUUUAAGUUCUCUAACAGAUUUUAAAUGCUGAAACUAUCAAAGUCUAUUACUUAACGGUAAAGGAGAUCAUUUCUUAUGCUCAAAAACUGUGAGAAGAUCCUGCGGGUAGACCAUCUGUCUGUCCUGUGAUUAACUGUCAGUACACUGGGUUAGGGUUAGUGGAAGAGGAAGAGUAUUUGCAAUGGUUUCUCAUGCACGAUCCUUUCCGAUUUGACUGUUUUCAAUGUUUGUCAGUUUUCUCAGAAGACUACCAUAUCAGUUUCUGUCUCAUAAUCUAGCCACAAAAGAUGAAAGGUUUGCAUAACUGGACUUUUUUUUUUUCUAGAUGCCUUUAUUAAGUCAUUCUUAGACUGUUGAGCAGCAGUUCUCAACCUGUGGGUCGCGGCCCAUUUGGGAUCCGCAUAUCAGAUCUUUACAUUACAAUUCCUAACAGUAGCAAAAUUACCAUGAUGAAGUAGCCACAAAAUAAAUUUACGGUGUGGAGUCACCACAGCAUGAGGACCAGUAUCAAAGGGCCUCUGCAUUCGGAAGGUUGACAAUCCCUGUUGUAGAAGAUUCGAAAGCUGCAGAAAAAGAAAGUGAUCCUUUCCAAGCCAUUUAGUGUUCUGUGAUGGUGAGCUGAUCCUAAUUUUAGCAGUAGUGCUUUUAUGUUUUCACCAGCCUUCUCACUGCAUGCUGCCCAAUUAGCCUCUGACAUGAGAGACCCCAGAUAUCCUGCACCUGGUACUACCGAGCUUACGGUCUCACUCGCUCCUGAAUGAUACAAUUUUCAUCUCAGUUUUCAAAGAAACAACCUCAAGUUUAAUUUCAUUACACUCAGAAAUAGUAGAAACGUUCAAAAUUUAAAUUUGUAUGCAUGCCAGUAUUUGAACUAUAUAUUAAUACAGUUAAUACAUGGUAAAGAGUCAUCUUUAAUUCUUAUCUGAUGAAAUGGGAAUUCAGAAAUAUGGGGAACUAAUAUACAGUUCUUUGAUUUGUUCUAUAUUUCGUGCUUUGGUCUCCAUUGUCCUUUUAUCCUUAUAUUUCUUCUAAAUAUAACUUGUAAAACACAUUUCCAUUUAGUGUUUCUAUUUAAAUAAAAGGGAUAGGAUUAUGUAAAAUCAAUAUCGCACGUUUUUGCUGUACUUAACAAGAAUGAGCAGUUAAGAUAGGAAACCUCAGUAUUUAAUACAGUUUUCCAAACUUGGGUAUCAGAUCAUACAGUUGCUUUUGUGAUUGAAGGGAGUAGAUAUAAUAUGCAAUCAAAUAGACAAAAAAAAUAGCUAAGCCAGUAAGUUUUUUACAGCGUAAGACUUCUGUGCAUCGCAUGGCAAAGUUUUGCUAACAUUUGCUUGAACGAGAUCUCCUGCUGUCGUCAGGUUCUGUGAAGCGUUUUCACUGCACUUGGAUGUGAAUCCUCACAAAGACACAGGUUCUUACCAGUUACCACUUUAAAAACACUCUGCUGUUUUUGGACAGUUAUAGUUCAUCUUCCUGGUUAUAUUUGUGACAUUUGUGAGACUGUACUAGUACGCAAAAGAUGAACCUAUAUACAUAUUUAGAGUUUGAAAAAGUAGAAUUGUGUGCAUUUUAGAAAAAUAUAUGGUAACUUGUGGCACUUUGAAAACGGAAUGUGCAAUUAUAAUGGUUUAUACCACUUUGACAUUUUUUAACCCUAGAAUUACUCUUACUAGGCUUUAGAUUCAAAACCAAACCCAAUCCUAAAACUAGCACUUUGUUCCUACUCUUCCUCUUUGCUUCAUGUGUGGAAUGUUUUACAUAGAUCAUUCUCCCGCCGAGUUUUCUCUUCUUAUGCCCUGACCUCAACACCUUCUAAGACAGUUUAAAUGAGUCCAAUUAUUAUCAGGAAAAACCAUGACCAGUUGGUAUCAUGACCAUUUACUCUUGUGCUGAUUUAAAUAUAAGCAAAUUCUCUUGUUAAAAUUCUUUCUAAAAAAAAAAAUUUAAACAUUUUAAGAGUUUAUUGAUUUAAAAUAAUUUGGUAGAUAUGUAAAUAGUCAUAAUUUAUCCUAAAAUCUAGAUUUUUCUGCACAACCAAGUAUAUAGAUUUUCUGAAAACAUGCCCAUAUUCUCCCAAGGAAAAUAAUAUAUAUAAUAAAUGUAUUUCAGUAUGGGUAUGGUUCCAUAUACAUAAAUGUCUGUUCAGUCACAGGAAUUUACUGUGACAUACAAUGGGUUGUAAGCAAAGUCGGUGUAAAUGCUAACAUUAGACUGGGGCAUCAACACAAAUUAUGCAUAAACUUGCUGCAACAGAGGGAAUCUAUUGGCCUGUACCUGCUGAUUUAGCAUUGGGUUUCUCUAGCCGUCCCUACUUAAGGCUGUACAAUCAUUUUAAGUGAAGGAAAACAGAAACAAAUAACUUUUUUAAAUGGCCUCAUUUGCCACAGUUUGAAAACUGUUGAAUUAUUUUGAAGUUCAUUGGCCACUAACAGCUUGUUUUAUGUACAAGUCAUAGCAUUUAGAAAUCACACAUCUCCCCUUCCCUUUAAAAUGUAUUGAGAAUUGAUGCAAAUUCAUAACUCUUAACUUCUAAUUAUUAAAAAUCAUUAUCUAUAUUGAAAGAGUAAAUGACAUAAGAACUACAAGAGAUUGGUAAUAAUGUAACCCAUAGACUAUCAAGCUUUGGUAGUGCUGGGUUUCUUGCAAAGCCUUAAAUUAAAUAUUUUAGUGAAAAAAUUACCUGAUAAAAGAAGGCACUUUAUUAUCUGGAGCUAAAUAUUUAUCUGCAUAGAAUUUGUCUAAAGAUCCCUUAAAGUAUUCUUUAUCCUUUUAUAACUUUAUCCUAGUUAUACAUUUUUCUAAAGCCACGUAGUAUAUAAAGUGAUAAAGUAAACUAUUUUAAUUUAACAGAAAAUUGUGUUACAUAUUAUAAACAACAAAUAAUACAGAAAAUAGUAAAAGAAAAGUAUAUGUGAAAAUACCGUGUAAGUAAGUUAACAUAUAAUCAUUUGAAAUUACCAUGUAAAAUUUUUAAAAAUUAAAAAAAAAAUUUAGACAGCUUUUAUUUGUUAAUUCUUAUAUUUUAAUUAGCUCUACUUUAUCUCAAAAAGAUUAUCAAUAAGAGGGCAAUCAGAACUAUUAAACUAGCCUAUCAUAGCUUUAUUCUAUUUUGACUGAGCUUUUUCAAUGUAGCCGUAAGACAUUAAAAAUCCAUUUUGUUUCUUCUUUGUUCAAGUCAUGCAGACUUGGUGAAUUAUCAAAUUUGAGUCAUUCCUGUAGGUGUGUUGGUAUAUAUGUGCUCCCUCUUGGGGAAAUCAGUAGUUGAUUAUACGAUUAAUUUAGUCAACAAAAAAAAAUACAAUUUUUUUUUCAAGAGUAUCAACCCUUGCAUGUUGAUCCUUAACAUCUGCCAAUGUACAAAUGAUAGGCUAGUAUUUCCAAUUUUGUUUGUGAACAGUGUAUCUAAACGUUUAAGAAAACGUUUUCCAUGAUGUUACUUAUUUUUAAAUCUUUCUACACUUUAGCCUUUUUCUCUUUAGUUUUAAGUAUUUUAAUAAAUGUAAAUGUUUCCUAGGCAGAGUCAUCAUUUCAUGAUAUAGAAAAGAAUCAAGUUUAUCAGGUCUUUCCUCACCCAGGAGAGACUAAAAACAACUUCUGUGUCAAUUGUUUGGUUUCUGUCUUUGUUUUCUUUUUAAAAUACGAUAUAUUAACCCACAGGUGUGUGACUGUCAAGGCAUGAACAAUCUUAAGUGUAGAUCUAUUGAGUACUUUGUGAUGCUGAGUAACAGGCUUCUCUCAACCUCUGUGAUGCUAAGUAUUUUCCUUAGAACGUUUGUUUAAUGUUAGAUUGUUGUUCUGAAAGAUGUUGGUCCUAGCGGGAUUUUUAAAAACUUGGAAAACAAACGCAUGUAUUACAAGUAUAGAAAUGGUGAAUUGUAAACUUACCAUACAGGACUGAUUCUAUUUUCAAACAUGUUUCACUGUUAAAUAUAGACAACAUAAAAUUGCUGCCAUAUCGUUGCUGAGUACUCUUUCCUAAAUGACCCUGUUAUCACUACUCCAGAUUAGAUGUGGGGCAGAUACAUGAUUGACUCCUGUAUCUGCAUAGAUAUUUCCAGGUAUAUUCUUCUCCUGGUGAGUAAGAUUAUAUUUUCCAUGAUAUCAGUACAUUGAGAUCCGAAUAUACCUGUAUCAAUGCUUACUGCACAUUUCUUAUACAGUACCUUCAUUUGCCAAAAUUGGCCUAGGCUAAAACUGGAGGGUUUGUUACAUGUUUUCUGCCAGAAAGAUUUUCAAUUAGGAGUGGGUUUAUACUGUGAAAAAUAGUGGAACUCCCUUUAAAAUUUCUUAUUUGCUAAAUUUAAAUUAAUAUUUUUUCUUUAGCUCACAAAUUACCCUAAAUCCAGAGAGAAUCUCAACCUUUUUCACUGUUGUCAGAGCAAGCAUAAGGAACAGCCCUAUGACACCACAAAAACAGUUGAGGAAUCAGGACUAAAUCCCUUAUGUUACACUCCAGAAUAAAGACACUCGGUGAAA